UAAAGAUUUCCAACUUCUCCACUGUGGUCCCGUCAAUGUGGAUAGGGGACUGCUCCCUCUGAUGUUUCCUGAAGUCCACUAUCAUCUCCUGUGUUUUGUUGACGUUCCUGGCACCACACUCCCAGAGUCCUCACAUCCUUCCUGUAGGCUGUCGCUUCAUUGUUGGUAAUCAAGCCUACUAGUGUUGUCUGCAAACUUGAUGAUUGAGUUGGAGGCGUGCAUGGCCCGGCAGUCAUGGGUGAACAGGGACUACAUGAGGGGGCUGAGCAAGGGCCCCAGUGUUGAGGAUCAGUGAAGUGGAGGUGUUGCUUCCUACCACCUGGGUGUGGCUGUGAGGAAGUCCAGGACCCACUUGCAUAGGGCGGGGUUCAGACCCAGGGCUUCGAAUUUAAUGAUGAGCUUGGAGGGUACUAUGGUGUUGAAUGCUGAGCUAUAGUCAAUGAACAGGAUUCUUACAUAGGUAUUUCUCUUGUCCAGAUGGAAUAGGGCAGUGCACAUUGCGAUGGUGAUUGCAUCGUCUGUGGAUCUAUUGAUGCAGUAAGCAAAUUGAAGUGGGUCUAAGAUGUCAGGUAAGGUAGAGGUGAUAUGAUCCUUGACUAGUCUCUCAAAGCAAUUGAUGAUGACAGAAGUGAGUGCUAUGGGGAGAUAGUCACUUAGUUCAGUUACCUUUGCUUUCUUGGGUACAGGAACAAUGGUGGCCAUCUUGAAGCAUGUGGGGACAGCAGACUGUGAUAGGGAGUUAUUGAAUAUGUCCGUAAACACACCGGCCAGCUGGUGGACAUGGCUAAGGAGGACAUGGCUAAGGAUGCCAUCUGGGUCGGCAGCCUUGUAAGGGUUAACAAGCUUUAAUGUCUUACUCACUUCAGCUACGGAGAAGGAGAGCCCACAGUCCUUGGUAGUGGGCCGCGUCAGUGGCAUUGUGUUAUCCUCAAAGCGGGCGAAGAAGGUGUUUAGCUUGUCGGUAAGCAAGACAUCGGUAUCCGCGACGUGGCUGGUUUUCCUUUUGUAGUCCGUGAUUUUCUGUAGACCCUGCCACAUUAGUCUUGUGUCUGAGUCAUUGAUUUGCAACUCCACUUUGUCUCUGUACUAAAGUUUUUCCAGUCUGAUUGUCUUACGGAGGGAAUAACUACACUGUUUGUAUUCUGCCAUAUUCCCAGUAACCCUACCAUGGUUAAAUGUGAUGGUUCACACUUUCAGUUUUGAGUGAAUGCUGCCAUCUAUCCACGGUUUCUGGUUAGGUUAGGGUAGGUUUUAAUAGUCACAGCGGGUACAACAUCUCCUAUACACUUCCUAAUAUACUCAGUCACCGUAUCAGUAAAUUUGUCAAUGUUAUUCCAGCUACCUGGAACAUAUCCCAGUCCGCGUGAUCAAAACAAUCUUGAAGCGUGGAUUCCGAUUGGUCAAACCAGCGCUGAAUAGUCCUUAGCACAUGUACUUCCUGUUUGAGGCAUCCCGGAAGUUGGUGUAGCAGUGGUCGAGUGUUUUAGCAGCGCGAUUACUGCAGUCAAUAUGUUGGUAGAACUUUGGUAGUGUUUUCUCAAAUUUGCUUUGUUAAAAUCCCCGGCUACAAUAAAUGCGGAAUCAGGAUAUGUGAUUUACAGUUUGCAUAAAGUCCAGUGAAGUUCUUUGAGGGCCGUCAUGGUAUCGGCUUGAGGGGGAAUAUACACGGCUGUGACUAUAACCGAAGAGAAUUCUCUUGGGAGGUAAUACGGUCGGCAUUUGAUUGUGAGGUAUUCUAGGUCGUGUGAACAAAAGGACUUGUAUGUUAUCACAAUCACACCAUAAGUAGUUAAUCAUGAAACAUACACCACCGCAUUUCUUCUUCCCGGAGAGAUAUUUAUUCCUUUUUGCGCGAUGAACUUAGAACCCAACUGGCUGUAUGGACUCAGACAGUAUAUCCUGAGAGAGCCAUGUUUCCUUGAAACAGAGUAUGUUACAACCCCGGAUGUCCCUCUGGAAGGAAAUCCUCACCCUCAGCUCAUCAACUUUAUUAUCCAGAGAUUGAACACUAGAGAGUAAUAUACUCAGAAGCAAUGGGUGGUGUGCGCACCUCCGGGUACCUCUUCUCCACCGGCGAUGUUUUGGGUCAGCCUCUGUAAUCAGUUCAAUUUCCCUGGGGGGAACGAACAAGGGAUCCAAUUCAGGAAAUGCUGGAAACACACCUCUACACCUCGCUGUCAUGAUGGGUCACAAAGAGUGUGCCCAUCUGCUGCUGGCCCACAAUGCACCAGUGAAGGUGAAGAACGCUCAGGGAUGGAGUCCCCUCGCCGAAGCCAUCAGCUACGGAGAGCGACAAAUGAUCACAGCGUUGCUAAGGAAGCUCAAACAGCAGUCCAGAGAGAGUGUGGAGGACAAGAGGCCAAAGCUACUGAACGCCCUCAAAGAGCUGGGAGACUUUUAUCUUGAGCUUCACUGGGACUUUCAAAGUUGGGUGCCUUUGCUCUCCCGAAUCCUGCCCUCUGACGUGUGUAAGAUCUACAAACAGGGCAUCAACAUCAGACUGGACACCACCCUAAUAGACUUCACAGAUAUGAAGUGCCAGCGUGGUGACCUUAGUUUCAUAUUUAAUGGCGACGCCAUCCCCUCUGAGUCCUUUGCGGUGCUGGACAAUGAACAGAAGGUGUACCAGCGGAUACACCACGAGGAGUCAGAGAUGGAGACCGAGGAAGAGGUGGACAUCCUAAUGAGCAGCGAUGUUUACUCUGCCACUCUCUCCACCAAGUCCAUCACCUUCUCCAGAGCCCAGACCGGCUGGCUGUUCCGAGAGGACAAAACGGAGCGCGUGGGAAAUUUCCUGGCGGAUUUCUACUCGGUGAACGGGCUGGUGCUGGAGUCACGGAAACGUCGGGAGCACCUGAGCGAGGAGGACAUCCUAAGAAACAAGGCCAUCAUGGAGAGCCUGAGCAAAGGAGGGAACAUCAUUGAGCAGAGCUACGAGCCUGUGAGGCGACAGUCAUUAACUGCCCCUUCACCCAACAAUAUCUCCUGGGAGGAAUACAUCAACGCAGAAAACGGAAAAGUGCCUCAUCUAGGAAGAGACCUGGUAUGCAAAGAGAGCAAGAAGAACUUCAAAGCGACCGUAGCCAUGAGUCAAGACUUCCCUCUGAGCAUUGAAUCGUUAUUAAACGUCCUGGAGGUGAUAGCACCCUUCAAGCACUUUAAUAAACUCAGAGAGUUUGUUCAAAUGAAACUCCCUCCUGGUUUCCCUGUCAAACUGGAUAUCCCCGUCUUUCCAACCAUUACGGCCACGGUGACAUUUCAAGAGUUGCGCUACGACGAGUUUGAGGAGUCCAUCUUCACCCUCCCCAAUGAGUACAACGAGGACCCCAGCCGCUUCCCUGACCUUUAACCCCAUUGGGUGGACACCAGAAAGGGGUCACCUAUGAAAGGGCAUUGAUGUUUCAUCAAGUUGUCAUAGGAGAAGAAGACAAGAAAAGGAAAUUGUAUGUGUAAUGUUUUAAAUGGACGUGAAAAGAUGUAGCUACUAUCCAGCGUUUUGUUUGGAGUAGCUGCACUGAACGUUGGGCACUGGUUAGAUGCACUACAGCCAGUCAGUACUGGGCUGACUUGGCCUUGGCAGCAGAGGGGAGGACCUACUGCGCCAGUCGAUUACUCAACUCUGUGGUACUCCACCUGAAAGCAAUGAUAGACAUGCUAAGAAAUGUAAUUGUACCCGAGCGAAGUUGUCUUACCCUAUUUGACUGGAAGCAAAGUGUGGCAUUAUAAGUAUUACAUAUAAGAAUUGUUUUCAUAUUCUACCAUUUAAAAAAAAAAACUAUGUAACAAACUGUUCAGUUCAUGGAAAUGAACCAGGAGUGAAAGUUGUCUGUAGAUGAUUAGGUACGAUUUAAGUACAACGUAAAGGGCUCGAUUACGUUCCAAGUCACGGAGGUUCAGCGCCACUGCGCGAUAGAAGUGUAAAGUUAACGUGCCCGCGUUAGCAGAGACUGUGUUCAUGGUAAACACUGCAUAUGUCGGCUCAAUCGCAAAAUGACCUUUACAUUUCAAUCACGCUAUAGAGUUCAACUUCAUCGGUAUGGAUUGAAUCGAGCCCUGAAUGCAAUUUUUAAAGCUAGCAAAAACCAGGCCUUUUCCUUUGCGCAAGGUGCUUUUAUGUUUGUUUUAUUUUGUGUGUUUUUUUUUUUCACUUUCUUUGUGUUAAUAUGGGUGUAGAUGUCUUCUAUGACAAGAAGGUUUUCUGAAGUUUGAUGCCAAGCCUAGUUGAUGUGAGUUCACCCAAAGAGGUAAUUGGUUUGUAUCGUGGUGGCAAUGGAUAUUUUUGUACAUAUAAUAUUGUGCUGGUAAAAGUCUCCAAUUCUC